AAAACAACAACGUCAUCACGCAAGGGGUUGGCGACGUGUAAAACAUGGAGGAAAGCAGUGUGUAGAGUAAAGUUAACAGCCUGGAAUUCAACACAAUUUCAAGGAUUCGCCUUCGUCAAUCACACUCGGCGAACAAAUUGGACAAAGCUGCGCGUUGGUGUGAUAAAACACCGUCGCCGCCGAUCGGCCCCGAGAGCCGAGAGAGCUACGGGAAGCCGCGAGGAGCAUUUAUGACAGGAUUUGCAUAUGCCCGGUGAAACAGCAGUGAAGAGUGGUGAGUCUGGGUGAAGUGUAAAGAUGGGAGCCAACACCAGCCAGGUCAGUGAGCUGUCUGAUAACCCAAGCCUCAAGGCCCUGGUGGGCAAAGAGUCCAUAUCGGAGAAUGACCCGUUCUGGAACCAGCUCAUCUCCUUCACCUUCAUCAGUCCCACCUGCAGUGGAGACUCAAAGUUACUGGAAGAGGCCGUCAUCCCCCUGGCCAAGAUCCUCAUUGAAAACAAUCCCAGAACAGGGAACUUUGGCGCUCUUGUGAGAAUUUUCCUGGGAAGAACCAAAGAGCUGAAAAUCUCUACCGAAUGCCAAGAUCAGCUGUUCAUCUGGCAGGCGCACAACGCACUGUUCAUGAUCCGUUGCCUGCUGAAGGUGUUCAUCAGGGAGAUGAGUGAAGAGGAGCUGCACCUACAGUUCUCCUACCAGGAGAGGGCGCCAGGCUCCUGUGGAGAAACAGGAAGUGAGGACCUCCUGGAGGAGCUGCUGUCCAACCUCGUUCACUUGAUCGUUGAAGUUCCCCUGCUUGACAUCACCUAUAGCAUCCUGUUUGAAGCGGUGACCACGCUGCUGGUCUUCUUCUCCUAUCAGCUCUUCCACAAAGAAAUCCUCCGAGAUGGAAUAAUCUACCAGCACAUCAUGAAUGGGAGAUGUUUGUCGCUAACCAGUCGACUGGUGAAGACGCUGCUCUAUAACUUCAUCAGGCAGGAGAAGUGUCCACCUCCAGCGACCCACAUCUUCGAGCCCAAAGCUGAGGGCGGCCUCCUCUAUGGCCUGGCGUCAGGGGUGGCAAGUGGGCUGUGGAGCGUCUUCACAUUGGGUGGAUCCGGUAGCAGAGCAGGAGCGGACCAGGAACACAACCCCUUACCUUUGUCUAAUCAGAGCCUUCUGUUACUGCUGGUCCUAGCCAAUCUGACAGAUGGGCCCGACUGGCCCAACCCCUACCGCCAGGCUAUCACUUGUUUCAGAAACACGCAAGACACAUCGUCACUGCCCGUGGAGCAACCUCACAGUUUCCAGAUCAACUUCAACAGUCUGUACACGGCACUGUGUGAGCAACAGCGUUCCGACCAGGCCACGUUACUGCUGUAUACCCUACUUCACCAGAACGCCAACAUGAGGACAUACAUGCUCUCCAGAACCGACAUGGACAAUCUGGUGUUGCCCAUCCUCGAGAUCCUUUACCACGUAGAGGAUAGAAAUUCUCAUCACGUGUACAUGGCGCUCAUUAUCCUACUCAUUCUUACAGAGGACGACGCCUUCAAUCGCUCAGUCCAUGAGGUGGUAUUGAAGAACAUCUCAUGGUACACAGAGAGGUCACUGACAGAGAUCUCCCUUGGCAGUUUGCUCAUCCUGGUGGUUAUACGCACCAUCCAGUUUAACAUGACCCGGACAAGGGAUAAAUACCUCCACACCAAUUGUCUGGCUGCACUAGCCAACAUGUCAGCCCAGUUUCGAUGUCUGCACCAGUACGCUGCCCAGCGUAUUAUCAGUCUGUUUGCUUUGCUUUCUAAGAAGCACAACAAGGUUUUGGAGCAGGCAACACAGAGUCUCCGAGGCAGACAGGCAGACAACACAGCCUUGCCCGACUAUGCCCAGGACCUGAAUGUGAUUGAGGAGGUGAUCCGCAUGAUGCUGGAAAUCAUCAACUCCUGCCUGUGCAACUCUCUACACCACAACCCCAACAUGGUAUACGCGCUGCUCUACAAGAGGGAGCUCUUUGAGCAGUUUAGGAUGCACCCAUCCUUCCAGGACAUCAUGCAAAACCUGGACACGGUGAUUGGCUUCUUCAGUCAGCGUUUGGAGCAGGCUGGAAGUGACCUGUCAGUUGAGAGGGUUCAGGAGGUCAUCAUGAAAGGAGCCCAGGCCCUGCCCAAUGACAGGCUGAAGAAGUUCCCCGAGCUCAAGUUUAAGUACGUGGAGGAAGACCAGCCGGAGGAUUUCUUCAUCCCCUACGUCUGGUCCCUGGUCUUUAACUCCGGAGUCGGCCUCCACUGGAGCCCGCAUGGCAUUGAGCUGUUCAGCAUGGACUCUGGCUGAAAACACCUGCUUGCAGCGGACUGUGUUUCCAUCACCCGUUCCGUGCAGAAGAAAAGACUGACGGCUCGCGGGUGUGUGUGAGUGUGUCUGUGUGUGUUUUUUGGGUGGGUGUUUGCGCAUUACCCUUUAUGUGUGUGCACGCUGCUUUGAAAAGUGCCUCGACCUUGUACAGAAUGUUAUUUCUUUUUGCGCAGCAACAGCCUCUUCUCACGCCUCGCGUCCUCAUAAUUCCUCUGAUUCGACACUGCGAAGCUUCUCCUGCGCUGGUUGACCUUUCACACAGCGGCGCCCCCACACAUGUACAGUACAGUCCUGUAGAAAAAAACAUAUUUAACAUAUGAUCAGCUCCACUUCCACAGCACAUGUUGAGUUACGUCUCUUCUGUAAAAAACAUCUGGACGCUGGCGAUGGGUAAUCGAGCAUUUUUAUUUAAUUUUUUCGUCUUGCUUACAAAGAGAAGGUCAACUAAGACAUAUGCACCUGCUGCUCCGGUGAACGUACAUUUGCCGCUGCACUGCGAUACUGAGAGAUAGUACCAACUCUGUUGGUUCACCUUUUAUUAAAUAUCCUCUAUAAUGCAGAAUUUUUAAGUAUGAUUAUCUCAUAAAUGAGUGUUUUAUUUUGACCGUGCUCAGUUUUUUUCCGGCGGGUUUUGUAGAAAGGAUUUGCGUUUGUGUAAUUAAGUUUAAAAAAGGGUCAGAUCCGUUGUCGUAAUAAAGCAAGGUUUUCAGAUUGGAGUCCCACGCACAUUGAAUUACAGUUAGAUUAAUGCUUAAUUCCAGUCCCUGGAUAAUGUUAGCGCUCCGAAUCGCUCUGAAUCACGAGGUUUCAUUGUUGCUACUGGCCCUUCGACAUGACUUUACCCCAGCUUUGUCGUUUUCCAUUUAUUUUCCCCUGAUAGUGACCUGAGGCUGAGAUGCUUAAGCUGGGGCGAGUCGUUAAACCCUGUUGUGCAUAAUUACAGUCGUCUCUUUAAUUUGUCACUUUAUUGGCAUGUUUAACAUGUUAAGAGACUUUGUAUUAAAUUAUUUAUUUUCAUGUAUAUUGUUUUGUUUUUUUUACUUUUCAGCAGCCCCCUCCCACCCCCCCAAAAAAAGAAAAAAGUAAACUGUAGUAGAACCGAAAUGACUACUAUUUAUGGAAAAGGAAAACAAAUAAACAGUGGUACUAUACUUUGGGAACGUGGCUUUAUAUUAUUACAUAUAAUAUGACAACAGCUGUCAUUUUGUGGCAACUAUUACUUUGAAAAUAGGAGUUUAAAUAAAAACAUAAAUCCAA